GGUGGAGGGGAAAAUGCAGUUUUGAUGUCGCAUUUUCGUGCCAACCGUAUACUGAUGCAGGUCGGGCUGCAGGCGCUGAAAAGAAGUCCCGAACAGUAAGAAACGGUCCUCAGGAUGACGGAGGCUGAAGAAGAAGCGAAAAAACGCCGGGAAGAAUGCGAGAGGAAGGCUCGCAGGGGGGAGAUGGACCCCAGGUUGGAGUUCGCCUUCCAGCUCCUGAUCGAUGGGACGGGUCUCCCUCGUCACGAGGUCAUGGACCACGUCUUCGAGGGAGACAUGUUAGACGAGAUCAAUCAGCUGUUCGUGCCCCACAUGAGGUCUCACCUGGUCUGGUUCUAUCAGGAAGUCGUGGAGCCGGAGUGCCUGAUAGACACGGGCCAGGGAAAGGGCAUCAUCAGGGGGGCCUCCAUUCCCGCCAAAUCUUCCGAACCGCCGAAGAAGAAACUCUUCCUGACCGAUGGAUGGCAGGUUCCUUGCACAGGCACCUGCAUGUACAUGUUCCGGAUAAACACGGCGAAGCAGCUCCCGGAGGAGGGCUUCCAGAAGGACCUUUACAUCGGGAUAAUCGACACGACGAGGGUAUCCUUGGUGGCAGCCAUCCAAAGGAUCGUCGAACACGUCUUCACGGAUGCAUUGGCCCAUCCUGGGGUGGACGAUGACGACGAUUGUCCCAUGAUCAAGAGCCUCCUUCUGCCAGGAUUGAGGUCCUUCUGCAGUGCCCUGAAAGUCUGCGAGGACGUGGCUCGCGAGGGCAGCAUGCUCGACGACGGGGUGUCGAUGAUGACGGGGAUUAAUGACUUAGAGGACGCGAAGAACUUCGCGAUGAAGGAUGGGACUAUCGAGGGACUCGAAGAGAGAGUCAAGAAUUGGCUGAAGAAACUUAAGGACUUCAUGCUGGAGAGCAAACAAGUCCGCAGGGAAAAUGACACUUCUGGGCCGCAGCACGAAUUGGAGUACUGGAAGCGCAGAGGUGCCCAGUUUAGUCAGCUCUCUUCAAGGUUGCAGGACCACGAGGUGAAGAUGUCCUUGUUCUGCCUCAAAAUCGCACACUCGAAGGUGAUGAAGGAGUGGACCGAAGCUGAAGACGAAGUCACAUACUGCUACAACGAGGCGAAGGACAACGCAAAGUUCAUCCAAGCCUUGGAAAAAUGCUGCCAUUGUUUAUAUCUAGACGAUCCCGUGAAGAUGAGAGACUCCUUGGUGUCGUUGCUGCAGACCGUGAGAUUGAUAUACAGCGUCUCUCGUUAUUAUAACACCACCGAGAGGACCACGUCAUUGAUGAUAAAAAUCACCAACCAAAUGAUAUCAGCCUGUCGGGAUUAUGUCACCAAGAGAGGGAGAGAGACGGUCUGGGGACAGGACAGAGCGACUGCCAGACUGAAACUGAAGCACUGUCUACGGUUGAACAAGGCAUACAGGGAGACGUACAGGCUUGUCCGAUGUUCUCCAGCAGUGACGGAACAGGAAUUCUCGUUUUCCGAGACCCACGUGUUUGGAAAAUUCGACUCCUUCUGCGCAAGGAUCCGGAAAAUCCUGACCAUGUUCGACCUGGUGGAGGACUAUCAGCGGCUCUUCCAGAGGCGGAUGGAGGGCCUCCUCCAUGGCGAAGAGCUUGAAGAGUCGAUCAAGACCUUCGAAGAGGCGAAGGCAGUAGCCACGACCAAACCUUACGAUUACCUGGACCCCAGGAACGCGGAAUUCGACGAGGACCAUGACGAGUUUAUGGCGACGACGAACGACCUGAAGGAGACCAUCGGAGAGAUCAUCGAGAAGAACUACAUGGACGUGUGGGACACCAUCCAAGGCAUCCGGUUCCUGAAGAGAUUCGAAAAGGUGAGCGAGAAGAUCCCUCUGACCAAGCUGGACGAAAAGUACCUCUACGUGGCUCGAUACUGCGAUAGAGAGGUUGAUAAAGGGUUGAAGCUCAUCAAGAAGCAGAGAGACGAUCCCCCAUUGCCGAGACACAUGCCUCCCAUAGCUGGAAGACUUACCUGGGCGCACACCUUGAGGGUGCACCUCGAUGCAGUGGCCGAGUCGAUGUCGACGCAUCCAAUCUUGAAGACCUUGCCCGUCACUCCAGACCUCAUGAAGAGGUACAACUAUGCGGUCACCAUGCUGACGAACUAUAGAAUGCAUAUCGCCGAGAUCUGGACCCACCAGAACUCCUGGGUCAUCGAAGACUGCUUGAAGAAGCCUCUCCUGACGGUGGACGAAGAGUCGGGCAAGGUCGCGGUGAACCUGGACAGCAGGGUGGUCCUGUUGCUGAAGGAGGCCGAUUGUCUCGCGAAGCUCGACCUGGAGAUCCCCAUAGUGGCCUUGACGAUCCUUCGACGAAGGGAUCAUUUCUCCUUGAUCUCGGACUCUCUUCAACUAGUCAUCGACGAUUUCGUCGGGACGGCCCGGAAAGUCAAGCUCGAGGUGAGACCUCUUCUGCUUCCUCAUCUGGUCCGGGUGGCGUCUCUUCUGGAACCGGGUCUUAGUUCCUUGACAUGGACGGACCCGAAAUGGAGGGAAUUCUGCGAGGACACGAGAGAGGAAAUCAAGAUCUUCGACGUCCUCAUCACCAGAGUCCACGACGUCUACACGAACAGGAUCAUCCUGGUCCUGGCGAGUAUGCAGAAGACGGUUCUCCACGCUCUGCCGAAAAGGAAACCCUGGACCGUGGACGAGUUUUCCGAGAAAAUGGAGUCCUCGACCAGGCUGGCUGCUCAGGAUCUGCACCGGAAGAGCCUGAUGGUCGAAGAAGCCGUCGAGGAGGUGCUGGGCCUCGUCAAGGACGCCGUGGCGAAUUUCAAAGGCCACUCCAGCGCGAAUCAGUUCGACUUCCUCAACGACGAGGGUGCGGACUCUAGAAAAGAAAAUGAAUAAUCCCAGGAUCAGGCCGACUUGCAGCAACAGCCACAGGACUGGUCAGUCGUCUGGGCGUGUUUCGACGACCCCCACCGUCUUUUAAGGACUCCUGGGGGUGGACUCUCAAAAUCCAUGCAGGACAUGGUGAAGAAUGCCGUUUCGGAGAUGAGGAGGUACUACUCGAGGAAAGUCAUCGACGUGCUGAUCAAAGUCACUAGGAGUUCCUUGGACGCCCUACGAAGGAGGUUCAUCAGAGAGAUGGACAGCGAGGUACCUCCAAACCCCUUAUUCCUGCUGCAAGCGACGCUGAUGAUCCCUGCAGUGACCGUGAAACCAAGCUUGGACGACGUCCAGGAUGCCAUAAACGUUGCUGGAAAGCAAAUUGCAGGAGUAGCCAAAGGAGUUGCUCAAUGGACAGCCGGCAGCAAGAGGGCAGCUCAGAAGGUGGACAGCGACAGACAGAGCCAAGAAGAGGACCCCAGGAUCAGGAGGCGGAAGCUGUUCAAGGUGGCCUCGGAGGAGAAGCCGAUUUUCCCGGUCCAGGAAGUCAACUUCCACUCCAUGGUCAUGGAGAACAAGGAGGUCGUCAAGCUGCUCGCCAUCCUGACCUCCUGCACCCACGACUUACGCGAGGACCAGGCGACCUUCCUCGACCAGUGGAAGUCCUUUAAGAUCCUGUGGAAAAACGAGCGCAGCAUGAGGGAGCUUCUGCAGAUCUCGCUGAGGGAGUUCGACAACACCCUGAGGAAGUAUGGGGAACUCGAAGACAGGCUCUCGACGGAAGCUGACCUGGUGAUGUUCGGGUCAUCGGUUGCAGUCUCUGUGGAAAAGCUGAAGUAUGGACUUUACACCGAGAUCAAAGGUGCGACGCAUAAAAUCGGCCAGGCUAUGAAGAAGAAGUACAGGAGAGAGAUGGAGUACGUGUACGCGCUGAUGAACGAGAUGGAGAGGAAACUGGACCGGCCGAUUCGCGAUCUCGAUGACGUCCGCUUGGUCAUGGAGACCCUGAAGAAGAUUAGGGAGCAGGAGGUCGACAUGGACCUGAGGAUAGACCCUAUCGAAGAGGCCUUCGGUAUCGUGACGAAGUAUGAGGUCCCCGUGGACAGGGAAUGCCUGGAGCAGGUGGACAGUCUCAGGUACACCUGGCAGCAGCUCUACACCCGCGCCCUGGACACCCACAUCCUGCUUCUUCAUCUUCAACCCCAAUUCGAGGAGGACCUCAGGAACAACCUGGAGAAGUUCGGCACCGAAAUCACCGUGUACUGCGAGGAGUACGAGCAGUCCGGUCCCAUGCAACCUGGUCUUCCUCCAAGAGAAGCCUCCGACCGGCAGGUGCUCUUCCAGAACAAGUUCGACAUGAUGUGGAGGAAGCUGCAGACCUACCAGAACGGCGAGGAACUCUUCGGCCACCCUCCGACGGAUUAUCCCGAGCUCUCGCAGAUCAGAAAGGAGUUGAACCUUCUCCAGAAACUGUACAAGCUGUACAACGACGUGAUCGAUGGAGUCAGCAGCUACUACGACAUCCCCUGGGGCGAGGUGAACAUCGAGGACAUCAACAACGAGCUGAUGGAGUUCCAGAACCGUUGCCGGAAGCUCCCGAAGGCCCUGAAGGAGUACCCCGCGUUCUCCGCCCUGAAGAAGACAGUGGACGACUUCAACGACAUGUGCCCCAUUCUCGAGCUGAUGGCGAACAAGGCGAUGAAGCCGAGACACUGGCAGAGGAUCAUCGAGUUGACGAAUUAUCACUUCGACCUCGAGAGCGAAGGUUUCUGCUUGAAGAACAUCCUGGAGGCGCCGCUUCUGCAAUACAAGGAGGACAUCGAGGACAUCUGCAUCUCGGCCAUGAAGGAGAAGGACAUCGAGGCCAAGCUGAGGAUGGUGGUGAACGAAUGGUCCUCCCAUGAGCUCACGUUCAUGACGUUCAACAAUAGAGGGGAACUUCUGCUGAGAGGAGACACCACCGCGGAGACCAUUGGUCAGCUGGAGGACAGCUUGAUGGUGCUCGGCUCCUUGAUGUCCAAUCGUUACAAUGCACCCUUCAGGAAGCAGAUCCAGCAGUGGGUCACCAAUCUCUCCAACACCAACGAGAUCCUGGAGAGGUGGCUGCUGGUCCAGAACAUGUGGGUGUACCUGGAGGCGGUCUUCGUGGGCGGCGACAUCGCCAAGCAGCUCCCGAGGGAGGCCAAGAGGUUCAACAAGAUCGACAAGAGCUGGCAGAAGAUCAUGCAGAGGGCCCACGAGACACCUUGCGUGGUCCCCUGUUGCGUGAGCGACGACUUACUGAGACAGCUUCUGCCGCAUCUUCAGGAACAGCUGGAGCUCUGCCAGAAGAGCCUCAGCGGGUACCUGGAGAAGAAGAGGAUGAUGUUCCCGAGGUUCUUCUUCGUCUCCGACCCGGCAUUGCUGGAGAUCCUUGGCCAGGCCUCGGACUCUCACACCAUCCAGAACCACUUGCUGUCCAUCUUCGACAACACCAAGUUCGUCAAGUUCCACGACAUCGAGUACGACAAAAUCAUGGCCAUCGUGUCGUCCGAGGGGGAGUCCAUCACGCUGGAGAAGGCAGUUCGAGCUGAGGGAUGCGUAGAGUCCUGGCUGAUGCAGUUGCUGCACACCUCCCAGCAAUCCCUGCACUCCAUCAUCCGGCAAGCCUACAGUGCCAUCAAUGACUCGAGUUUCAAUCUCCUCGGGUUCCUGGAGAAGAUGCCAGCCCAGGUCGGACUUCUGGGCAUCCAGAUGAUCUGGACCAAGGACGCGGAGGCUGCACUCUCCCAGGCCAGGGCCGAUAAAAAAAUCAUGGCCGAGACCAACAACAAGUUCCUGGAGCUCCUCAACACUCUGAUCGACCAGACCACCAGAGAUCUCAGUAAGAUCGAGAGGACCAAGUUCGAGACCCUGAUCACGAUCUACGUGCAUCAGCGCGACAUCUUCGAUGCACUGUGCCGCAUGAACGUCCGCACCGUGACCGACUUCGAGUGGCUGAAACAAUGCAGGUUCUACUUCAAGGACGACGUCGACAAGACGGCGAUAUCGAUUACCGACGUGCAGUUCGUGUACCAGAACGAGUACCUGGGCUGCACCGAGCGCCUUGUAAUUACCCCGCUCACCGACAGGUGCUACAUUACUUUAGCCCAGGCCUUGUCCAUGUCGAUGGGUGGGGCACCCUGUGGUCCAGCAGGAACCGGGAAAACCGAGACCGUCAAGGACAUGGGCAAGACCCUGGCCAAGUACGUGGUGGUCUUCAACUGCUCGGAUCAGAUGGACUACCGAGGUCUGGGUCGCAUCUACAAGGGUCUGGCUCAGAGUGGGACCUGGGGAUGCUUCGACGAGUUCAACAGGAUCGAACUUCCCGUCCUUUCGGUGGCGGCCCAGCAGGUCGGGGUCGUCCUGGCUGCCCAGAAGGAGAGGAAGAAGCAGUUCGUCUUCACCGAUGGCGACCAGAUAGAUCUGUGUCCCGAGUUCGGGAUCUUCAUCACCAUGAAUCCAGGAUACGCAGGCAGGAAGGAGUUGCCGGAGAACCUGAAGAUACAGUUCCGCACGGUCGCCAUGAUGGUUCCCGACAGGCAGAUCAUCAUCAGGGUCAAACUAGCCAGCUGUGGGUUCCUCGAGAACAUCACCCUAGCUCGGAAGUUUUACACUCUGUAUAAAUUAUGCGAAGAGCAGCUCACCAAGCAGGUGCAUUACGACUUUGGUCUGAGGAACAUACUAUCGGUCCUGAGGACCCUGGGAGCAGCGAAGAGGGUCAACUCGAGGGACUCCGAGAGCACCAUCGUCAUGAGGGUCCUCAGGGACAUGAACCUGUCGAAGCUGAUAGACGAGGACGAGCCGCUCUUCAUGUCGCUGGUCGCGGAUCUCUUCCCGAACCAGGCGCUGGAGAAGACGUCGUACCCCGAACUGGAAGAGGCGAUCGAGAAGCAGGUGCAGGAGGCCAAACUCAUAUACCAUCCUCCAUGGGUUCUGAAGCUGAUCCAGCUCUACGAGACCCAAAGAGUGAGGCAUGGGAUAAUGACCUUGGGACCAACGGGAGCUGGGAAGACGUCCUGCAUCCACAUCCUGAUGAAGGCCUUGACUCUCUGCGGUAACAACCACAGGGAGAUGAGGAUGAACCCGAAGAGCAUAACGGCGGCUCAGAUGUUCGGUCGACUGGACGUGGCCACGAACGACUGGACCGAUGGGAUCUUCUCGGCUCUAUGGAGGAAGACCCUGAAGCUGAAGAACGACGAGCACGUGUGGAUGGUGCUGGAUGGACCCGUGGACAGCAUCUGGAUAGAGAACCUGAACUCCGUCCUGGAUGACAACAGAACCCUGACCCUGGCCAAUGGUGAUCGCCUUCCGAUGGCGCCGACCUGUAAAAUCAUAUUCGAGCCCCAUAACAUCGACAACGCGAGUCCAGCUACGGUAUCCAGGAAUGGAAUGGUGUACAUGAGCUCUUCAGGGUUGGACUGGGUGCCGGUGGUGACCAGCUGGCUGCAGUGUCGAAAUUCCCUGGAGCAGCAGGUCUUCAAGGAGUGCUUCGACGGCUCCUUCUCGCAGGUCUACACCUGGACGAUGCAGAACCUGAACAACACGAUCAAAGUGCUGGAGAGUAACGUCGUGCGACAGAUGCUGUGCAUCCUGGAGGGGCUGAUACCAGCUGACGACAGCGAAGACGACGGUGCAGAGGAAGAUGACGACCCUGACAAGGAGAAGAUACCAGCGAUAGCUCCGGAUCACCUGCAGAGAUUCUACAUCUUCGCCCUGGUCUGGGGCGUGGGGGCUCUCCUAGAGACCGAUGAUAGACAAAAGUUCAACGAUUACCUGAGGGAGAACUACGAGUCCUUGGAUCUACCUACCUCGGAGAAGUACCCCAAGGCCACCGUCUUCGAGUUCGUGGUGAACGAGAAGGGCAAGUGGGACAUGUGGCUGGUCCUGGUGCCGAAUUAUUCAUAUCCAGAGACGUCGAAUCCGGAUUACAAUAGUUUAUUGGUGCCCGUCCCUGACAACGUCAGGAUCCAAUAUCUGUUGGACCUGAUAGGUCACCAGGAGAAGGCAGUCCUUCUGACCGGUGAACCAGGAUCGGCAAAGACCGUGAUGAUCAAGUCUUACAUGAAGAAGGCGAACCCCGACAUGACCCUGAGCAGGUGCUUCAACUUCAGCUCGGCGACUACGCCCUAUCAGUUCCAGAAGACCAUCGAGAGCUACAUCGAGAAGAGGAUGGGCACCACCUACGGGCCCCCUGGAGGCAAGAAGAUGAUCUGCUUCGUGGACGACAUCAACCUCCCCCAGAUCAACGAAUGGGGGGACCAGGUGACGAAUGAGAUCGUGAGGCAGACCAUGGAGAUGCGAGGCUUCUAUUCUCUGGAGAAACCUGGGGAUUUCACGUCCAUUGUGGAUGUAACCUUCAUGGCGGCCAUGGGCCAUCCUGGGGGAGCCAGGAACGACGUGCCCUCGAGGCUGAAGAGGCACUUCUGCAUCUUCAACUGCCCCAUGCCCAACAACGGGGUCAUAGACAGGAUCUUCAGCGUCAUCGGCGAGGGGCAUUACAACGUGAAGAGGGGCUUCCCCCAGGAGAUCAGGAGUCUGGUCAAGAAGAUGAUAGGCCUGACCAGGAACCUUUGGCAGAGGACCAGGGUGAAGCUGCUGCCGACUCCUGCCAAGUUCCACUACGUCUUCAGCCUCCGUGAUCUCUCCAGGAUCUGGCAAGGCAUUGUUGGCACCUUGUCCACUGUCAUCGACACCGAAAAUGUACUUAUGCACCUGUGGAAGCACGAAUGUUGCAGGGUCUUCGCCGACAGGCUCACCCACAAGGUCGACAUGGAGUGGUUCGACCACGAACUCGUUGAGGUUGUCGAAGAAGUCCUGGGCGACAAGUACGUCUCGAUGCUGGGACCAAGUCCCUCCUUCGUCGACUUCAUGAGGGACGCUCCUGAACCCACGGGGGACGAGGGUGAAGAAGGGGACACGGAACUCCCCAAGGUGUACGAGCCCUCCUACGACCAGAAGGGGCUGAAGGAGAGGCUGGAGAUGUUCCUGGCACAAUACAACGAGAUGCAGAGGGGAGGAGGAAUGGACCUGGUCUUCUUUCCCGACGCCAUUCUGCACCUGGUGAAGAUAGCCAGGGUCAUAAGACACCCCAGAGGGAACGUGAUGCUGGUCGGAGUAGGAGGCUCCGGGAAGCAGAGUUUGACCAAAUUGGCCACCUUCAUCGCGGGGUACAAGACCCACCAGAUCACCCUGACGAGAUCUUACAACGUGGCGAACUUCCUGGAGGACCUGAAGUUCCUCUACCGCACCUGUGGGAGCCAGGGCAAGGGCACGACGUUCAUCUUCACCGAUCUCGACGUCAAGGAGGAGAUCUUCCUCGAGUACCUCAACAAUGUCCUCAGCUCGGGGGUCAUCAGCAACCUCUUCACUCGGGACGAACAAAUGGACAUCAUCGCCGAGCUGACUCCACAGAUGAGGCGAGAGAACCCUAGGAGGACGCUGACCAACGAGAUCGUCAUGGAGUAUUUCCUGAAGAGGACGUGCCAUUACCUGCACGUGGCUCUGUGUUUCUCGCCAGUGGGGGAGAAGUUCAAGAACCGGGCCCAAAGGUUCCCAGCCUUGAUUUCCGGGUGCACCAUAGACUGGUUCCAGCCCUGGCCAGGUGAUGCGCUGAUCCUGGUUGCCGAGCACUUCCUCCACGACUUUGAGAUCGUCUGCACUCCUACGGUGAAGCACGAGCUGGUAACGGCCCUGGGCUCCAUCCAGGAUGCCGUAGCCAACACUUCAACGGAAUAUUUCCAGAGAUACAGAAGAGCGACUCACGUCACCCCGAAGUCGUACCUGAAUUUCAUCGGCGGGUACAAGUGCAUCUACCGAGCGAAGCGGCUGGAACUUGAAGAAGGAGCCAGGAGGAUGGACAAUGGUCUAGCGAAGCUGGAGGAGGCCUCCAUAGCGGUCGGGAUCCUGAAGCAGGAACUGGCGAAGAUGGAGAGCGAGCUGGCCCAGGCCUCCCAGAAAGCCGAAGACGUCCUACAGGAGGUCACCGAGAGGGCCACCCAGGCGGAGACCUUCAAGAACCAGGUGCAGAGGGUGAAGGAAAAGGCCGAGGUCCUGGUAGCCUGCAUAGCCGAAGAGAAGGCCCUGGCCGAGCAGAAGCUGGAGGCUGCCAGGCCAGCCCUGGAGGAAGCCGAAGCAGCCUUGAACACCAUCAAGCAGGCUCACAUCGCUACCGUAAGGAAACUCGGAAGACCACCUCACCUGAUCAUGAGGAUCAUGGACUGCGUGCUGAUCCUGUUCUCCAGGAAGCUGCUACCAGUGGUACCGGACACCGCUGCACCUUGUCCGAAACCCUCCUGGGCGGAGUCCCUGAAGAUGAUGGCCAGCACUACGUUUCUACUGCAGCUCCAGAAUUAUCCAAAAGACACCAUCAACAACGAGAUGAUCGAGCUGCUGCAGCCUUACUUCAAGAUGGAGGACUACAACAUGGAAACGGCUCGCAGGGUGUGCGGAGAUGUGGCUGGUCUGCUGUCCUGGACCAAGGCGAUGGCCUUCUUCCACUCGGUGAACCGAGAUGUGCUACCCUUGAAGGUGAACCUAAAGCUGCAGGAAGCGAGGCUCAGAAUAGCGAUGGACGACCUGGCCAAUGCCGAAAGGGAAUUGUCGGAGAGGGAGAUGGCUCUUCAGGUUGUCAAGCAGCAGUACGACACCGCGGUUGCCGAUAGACAGAGGCUGACGGAUGCUGCCAACGUGUGUCUGAGGAAGAUGACAACGGCAACGGCCUUGAUCAACGGACUCGGUGGAGAGAGGAUCAGGUGGACGGAGCAGAGCAGCGACUUCAAGAAGCAGCUGGGAAGACUCGUCGGAGACGUCGUCCUGGCUACAGGAUUCCUAUCCUACUGCGGUCCCUACAAUCAGCACUACAGGGCUGGACUGGUCUCUUCGUGGAUGAAGACCCUCACCACGAAGACCAUCCCCUUCACGGAGAACCUGAACGUCACCGACAUGCUGAUAGACACGUCUACCGUGUCCGAGUGGACUCUUCAGGGUUUGCCAAAUGACGAGCUAUCGGUCCAGAACGCCCUGAUCGUCACCAAGUCUUCGUCCUACCCCUUGCUGAUCGAUCCCCAGAGCCAGGGGAAAAUGUGGAUCAAGAACAAGGAGGCCUCGAACGAGCUGCAGAUCACCUCUCUGAACCACAAGUACUUCAGGACCCACCUUGAAGACAGCCUCUCUCUGGGCAGGCCGCUGCUCAUCGAGGACGUCCUGGAAGAACUGGACCCCGUGAUCGACAACGUCCUGGAGAAGAACUUCAUCAAGUCUGGCACCAUUGAGAAGGUCAUGGCCGGGGACAAAGAGUGCGACGUGAUGCCGGGCUUCAUGUUGUACAUCACGACGAAGCUGCCGAACCCUGCAUACAGUCCUGAAAUAUCUGCCAAGACGUCCGUCAUCGACUUCACGGUGACCAUGCAGGGCCUUGAAGAUCAGCUGUUGGGUCGAGUCAUUCUUAUGGAGAAGGCGGAUUUGGAGGCCGAGAGGGUGGCCCUCUUCGAGUCCGUCAUGACCAACCAGAGGUCCAUGAAGGAACUAGAAAGCACCCUGCUGCACAGACUGACCUCGACGGAAGGCUCCCUCGUCGAUGACGAGACCUUGAUCGAGGUCCUUCGGGAAACCAAGAGCACCGCCGAAUCGGUGAACGAGAAGCUGCGAGUAGCCGCCCUGACGGAGAAGAAGAUCAACGUGGCCAGAGAGGAGUUCAGGCCGGUGGCCUCGAGAGGGUCCAUUCUGUACUUCCUGAUCGUAGAGAUGAGCAACGUCAACGUCAUGUACCAGAACUCGCUGAAGCAGUUCCUGGCCCUUUUCGAUGGGUCCAUCACGAAGUCGGAGAAGAGCUCCGUGACGAUGGAGAGGAUAGACAUCAUCCUGAGGCAUCUGACUUACGAGGUGUGGAGCUUCACCCUGAGGGGCCUCUACGAGAGGCACAAGCAGCUCUUCACCCUGAUGCUGGCCAUGAAGAUCGACUGCCACAGAGGGGCCAUCUCGCACGCAGAGUUCAUGGCCUUCAUCAAGGGUGGCGCCUCCUUGGACCUGAACGCCGUGGCUCCGAAGCCAUUCCGCUGGAUCCUGGACAUCACCUGGCUGAAUCUCGUCGAGAUCAGCAAGCUGGAGGUCUUCUCGGAGAUCCUGACGAAAAUCGAGUUCAGCGAGAAAGACUGGAGGGUGUGGUACGAGAGGGAAAAGCCGGAGGAGGAGGACCUUCCCUGUGGGUACCAGAAGAGUCUGGACGUCUUCAGGAAGCUCUUGCUGAUCAGGUCCUGGAGUCCCGAUAGGACUCUAUCCCAAGCCAGGAAAUACAUUGCCGAUUCCUUGGGUCAGGAAUACUGCGAGGCGAAGAUCCUCGACCUCGAGGCCACCUGGGCUGAGUCGGAACCCAGGACACCCCUCAUUUGCAUCCUGUCGACUGGGUCCGACCCCAGUCCGCAGAUCACCGCCCUGGCGAAGCAGAAAUCAGCUCCCCUGAGGUCCGUGUCCAUGGGGCAGGCGCAGGAGUUCCACGCGAGGAGGAUGAUCAGCGACGCCAUGGGCACCGGAGGCUGGGUCCUGCUGCAGAACGUCCACUUAUCUCUCCCAUUUUGCACGGAAGCCAUGGAUGCCCUCGUCGAGGCCGACAACAUCCACGAGUCCUUCCGUCUCUGGAUGACCACGGAAGUGCAUGCCCAGUUCCCGAUCGGCCUGCUGCAGAUGGCGAUUAAGUUCACCAACGAACCGCCUCAAGGGAUUCGAGCUAGCCUGAAGAGGACCUACCAGGGCAUCACCCAGGACACCUUGGACUACAGUCCCCAGAACCAGUGGCCACCUCUUCUGUACGCGGUUGCGUUCCUGCAUACCGUGGUCCAGGAACGCAGGAAAUUCGGUCCCCUGGGAUGGAACGUCCCCUACGAGUUCAACCAGUCCGACUUCGCAGCUUCGGUCCAGUUCGUGCAGAAUCAUUUGGAUGAUAUGGACCCGAAGAAGGGAGUCUCCUGGCCCACGGUGUGCUACAUGCUCGGAGAGGUUCAAUAUGGAGGUCGGGUGACGGACGACUUCGACAAACGCCUCCUGACCACGUUCACCCAGGUCUGGUUCUGCGACGUCCUUCUGCGGUCAGGGUUCGAGUUCUACAAAGGAUAUAAGGUCCCUCAGACGCGGAAUCUUCAGGGUUACGUGGAUUAUAUCAAUGGUUUACCUGCAACCGACACCCCUGAAGUGUUCGGUCUGCAUGCCAAUGCGGAUAUCACGUAUCAGAUCAACACUGCCAAAGGCAUCCUGGACACGGUCCUUGAUGUGCAGCCGAAGGAAGGCGGUGUCCAAGGUGGCGAGACCAGGGAAACGGUGGUGUACAGAUUAGCCGAUGAUAUGUUGACCAAACUCCCCAAACAGUAUGUUGGCUUCGAGGUCAAGGAGGCCUUGCAGAGGAUGGGCGCUCUGAUGCCGAUGAACAUCUUCUUGAGACAGGAGAUUGAUAGGAUCAUCAGGGUCCUCAGGGAGGUCAGGUCCACCCUGACGGACUUGAAACUGGCGAUCGAUGGGACCAUCGUCAUGAGCCAAAGUCUGAGACUGUCUUUGGACGCGAUGUACGAUGCCAGGAUCCCUGAAAGGUGGCUCAAGAUAUCCUGGGAGUCCGCGACUCUGGGGUUCUGGUACACGGAACUCCUUGAAAGGGAUGUUCAAUUCAAGGCGUGGUGCCAUCAGGGGCGACCGAACAUCUUCUGGAUGACGGGGUUCUUCAACCCCCAGGGGUUCCUCACCGCCAUGAGACAGGAAGUCACAAGAGCGCACAAGGGCUGGGCUCUGGAUUCCGUGGUGUUGCAGAAUCUCAUUACGAGAUGCAACAAGGAGGACAUUAAGGAGCCUCCCAAAGAGGGGGUCUACGUCCAUGGGCUUUUUUUGGAAGGAGCUUCCUUGGACAGGAAAUCUGGAAAAUUGGUCGAGAGCAAGCCGAAAGUUCUGUACGAACAGAUGCCGGUGAUUUAUAUUUACGCCAUUAAUACCACUGCGGGGAAAGACCCGAAAUUGUACGAAUGUCCGAUUUAUCGGAAGCCUCAGAGAACCGAUCAGAAAUACGUCGGGUCCAUCGAUUUUGAAACCGAUCAUAAUCCUAGGCACUGGACCUUAAGAGGCGUUGCUUUACUGUGCGACAUCAAGUGA